AUGGAGCGUAGUUUGUUUACCUGUGUGACUGUACUUUGUCUCAGUAUGAUGGCGAUAUCCGGUGUCUAUUCUCAGUGUGAGAGAGACAACGGCAAUGAAGGAAUAACAGAGUGUGUGUCUUCAGAUUAUUUCCCGAACAGAAAAUAUCAGGCUGCAGUCUGCAUGAGAAGAUCUACUCUUAAAUCAAUAGGCAUGCAGUGUAAAGACCCAUAUGCAGAAUAUUGUUGGUACUACUGUUCAAUCACACCAAACAACCCAGGCGUUUCAACGUGCGAAUGUGACCCUGAAAAAAACCUCUUACCAUGGAAGUCUGUCAUCCCCUUACACUGCUAUACACCAGACGGAAAUAACUGUUCUUGGUAUCGAAGAUGUUUGGAGACCCGCAUAUCUUGUGAAUCAACUGCGCAUCCAUAUGCAAUAACAUACGCAGAAAAAUACUGCAAGCGAUUUGAGAAUAAUUACCACAAAUUCUCUAAAAAUGGAAAGAAAUGGGUUGAUGCUGUAAGGAAGUGCCUACAAGAAAGCCUGGCACACGUUAUGUAUCCUCAAAUAAACGUUUCUUGUGAAUAUGUUAAAGAAUGGGCUUUUCGCACGCAUAUUGACUGCUAUCGUCAACCUUCAACUGUGAUCGGGCUACGUGAUCUAAGCAUUGGUGACUGUUGGAAUAUCUUUUGGACUAUUAAAGGAGCAUUUGUAGAUGCAUUUUCCAAGACUCUCCAUGGAAGUUGGCCUGUUCUCAAAACAUGUUUUGCUAAUUCAUUUCCAACUAAGGAAGUGAAACGUCUCCAACUGUAUACACGUAUACAAAAUGCAGCUGCAAAUGAUUGUGAUAAAAUGGCUACAUUUAUAGCCAAAAGACUGGCUAUCAUUCAAAAGUGGCCAUCUGAUAUUAUGUAUAAAUCAUACUGUCCAAAACGCAUUGCAUCGCAGUCAAAACUAAUCCCUAUUCAUAUUAUGAUUUCCCACAAAAACAGCGAUGAAGCUCUAAUAAAUGGCAUAAUAAACACUCUCAAAGAGGGCGCUUCAAGUGGUUCUUUAAAAACACUAACUCUUGAGGAUGGACACAUAGCUGAGAUAGAGAAGAUUAAAGAAUGUGUUAAUCCGGAAUGUACAUCAACUGAAACAGAUGGAUGUAGCAGUAAAGCCCAAGAAAUCGCAUGCAAAAUAAAAGAAACAGAAAACAUAACAUUGUUGACAAUGAACCCUUCUGAGAUAAAAGACGGUGCCGAUCCUUUCAGCAACAUUCGAGACGCUUGUGAUGGAAGGCCAUCAAAACGGUCCAGUUACCCUUGUAAGGAAGGUAUAUCCCCAGGAGGCGUUGUUUGCUUGACUGCCAGCAUACUUCAGUUUAUUUAUGAUCUUGGAACGUCUACCAAAUACAGUUUUCAGGUUAAUGCCAUUGCGGGUGCCUGCCAUACAAAUAAGUCUAAACAUUAUUUGGGACAAGCAGUUGAUCUUCAGUUGGACAAAGAGCCUACCGGUGGUAGAAAUAAAAAACAAGAGAAAUCAUUCAUGGACGCCUGUAAGGCUGCUGGAGGUUGGACUCACGGAGGGACUCAUGUUCAUUGUCAGAUAGCUGGUGAUGAAGCAUGCAUUACUGAAGGAGGUACUUGUCAGGAGAAUGACCGAAUGUGUGACGGGGAGUAUAAAACUGGUCUUUGUGGAGGGGGAAUCAACAGACAGUGUUGUCUUCCAGCCUCAGAUGGAUGUAGCAGUAAAGCCCAAGAAAUCGCAUGCAAAAUAAAAGAAACAGAAAACAUAACAUUGUUGACAAUGAACCCUUCUGAGAUAAAAGACGGUGCCGAUCCUUUCAGCAACAUUCGAGACGCUUGUGAUGGAAGGCCAUCAAAACGGUCCAGUUACCCUUGUAAGGAAGGUAUAUCCCCAGGAGGCGUUGUUUGCUUGACUGCCAGCAUACUUCAGUUUAUUUAUGAUCUUGGAACGUCUACCAAAUACAGUUUUCAGGUUAAUGCCAUUGCGGGUGCCUGCCAUACAAAUAAGUCUAAACAUUAUUUGGGACAAGCAGUUGAUCUUCAGUUGGACAAAGAGCCUACCGGUGGUAGAAAUAAAAAACAAGAGAAAUCAUUCAUGGACGCCUGUAAGGCUGCUGGAGGUUGGACUCACGGAGGGACUCAUGUUCAUUGUCAGAUAGCUGGUGAUGAAGCAUGCAUUACUGAAGGAGGUACUUGUCAGGAGAAUGACCGAAUGUGUGACGGGGAGUAUAAAACUGGUCUUUGUGGAGGGGGAAUCAACAGACAGUGUUGUCUUCCAGCCUCAGAUGGAUGUAGCAGUAAAGCCCAAGAAAUCGCAUGCAAAAUAAAAGAAACAGAAAACAUAACAUUGUUGACAAUGAACCCUUCUGAGAUAAAAGACGGUGCCGAUCCUUUCAGCAACAUUCGAGACGCUUGUGAUGGAAGGCCAUCAAAACGGUCCAGUUACCCUUGUAAGGAAGGUAUAUCCCCAGGAGGCGUUGUUUGCUUGACUGCCAGCAUACUUCAGUUUAUUUAUGAUCUUGGAACGUCUACCAAAUACAGUUUUCAGGUUAAUGCCAUUGCGGGUGCCUGCCAUACAAAUAAGUCUAAACAUUAUUUGGGACAAGCAGUUGAUCUUCAGUUGGACAAAGAGCCUACCGGUGGUAGAAAUAAAAAACAAGAGAAAUCAUUCAUGGACGCCUGUAAGGCUGCUGGAGGUUGGACUCACGGAGGGACUCAUGUUCAUUGUCAGAUAGCUGGUGAUGAAGCAUGCAUUACUGAAGGAGGUACUUGUCAGGAGAAUGACCGAAUGUGUGACGGGGAGUAUAAAACUGGUCUUUGUGGAGGGGGAAUCAACAGACAGUGUUGUCUUCCAGCCUCAGAUGGAUGUAGCAGUAAAGCCCAAGAAAUCGCAUGCAAAAUAAAAGAAACAGAAAACAUAACAUUGUCGACAAUGAACCCUUCUGAGAUAGAAGACGGUGCCGAUCCUUUCAGCAACAUUCGAGACGCUUGUGAUGGAAGGCCAUCAAAACGGUCCAGUUACCCUUGUGAGGAAGGUAUAUCCCCAGGAGGCGUUGUUUGCUUGACUGCCAGCAUACUUCAGUUUAUUUAUGAUCUUGGAACCAAUUACACUUUUCAGGUUAAUGCCAUUGCGGGUGCCUGCCAUACAAAUAAGUCUAAACAUUAUUUGGGACAAGCAGUUGAUCUUCAGUUGGACGAAGAGCCUACCGGUGGUAAAAAUAAAGAACAAGAGAAAUCAUUCAUGGACGCCUGUGAGGCUGCUAGAGGUCGGACUCACGGAGGGACUCAUGUUCAUUGUCAGAUAGCUGGUGAUGAAGCAUGCAUCACUGAAGGAGGUACUUGUCAGGAGAAUGACAAAGUGUGUGACGGGGAGUAUAAAACUGGUCUUUGUGGAGGGGGAAUCAACAGACAGUGUUGUCUUCCAGCCUCAGGUUAAUGCCAUUGUGGGUGCAUGCCAUACUUCUACGUUAAACAUUAUAUGGGACAAGCAGUUGAUCUUCAGUUGGACAAAGAACCUACCAGUGGUAGAUAUAAAAAAAAAAAACACAAGAAAAAUCAUUCAUGGACGCUUGUAAGGCUGCAGGAGGUUGGACUCACGUAGGGACUCAUAUUCAUUGUCAGAUAGAUUAACAUCAUUUUAUCUUUAUCGAAUCGAAGACAAGAUAAGUUGAAUUAGUGGCCCCCACAAGGUGUUCUUGUACAUCCAUUUUCGCGCAUCGCAUUCCAUUGACGUUACCAAGUCAAGAGCUUUUGACGUCAUAAAGCCCUGAGCGCCUUUGAACUGGCAUAUAGUGCGUGGAGAUUUAAUGCGUGAUUUUAUUGUUUUUUGUUUCGUUGUAUAUUAUAUAUAUAUAUAUAUAUAUAUCUGUGUGUGUGUGUGUGUGUGUGUGUGUGUGUGUGUGUGUGUGUGUGUGUGUGUGUGUGUGUGUGUGUGUGUGUGUGUGUGUGUGUGUGCUUCACUUUUUUUUUAUUUGAAGACAAACUUGAAUACAUUUAAGAAGCAUGAGACGAACAAUUUAAUAAAAAUGCAAGAGAACAUAGAGGUAUUACCAUUCCGGUUAAUGGGAUUUAACCGAUUUCAAUAUGUCCCAGUAACUGGUUGGACACAUCCGCACUGAAUACAAUAUGGCUCUUUUAUUGAUUGAAAGUCAUUUAUCAUGUUUAUUAUACGGUGUUUGUGUUUAUAUAUAUAAAAUUAUUUACACCCUGCUUAUCAUUAACGGUGUGUUCUACGUGAGAAUGUUGUGAUUAUAAUUCAUAUGAAUAAUUAUAUUAAA